AUGGCAUCCUCAACAAUCUCCACAGGCCUCGAGAAGGUCCAGGAGACCUUGAACGGAUCCUCGGAGGGCAAGAAGGGGGCUGAUGUGGCGGAGGACAUGAAGAAUGUCCACGAUGUCAACGCCAGGAUCACGACUGAUCAUGCUGACUGGCUCAAGAUUGCCACCGAGAACAAGAUUUGUGCAAUGCUCCCGAGGAACAACGCUGCUCGAGACAAGAUCCAGAGUUUCGACCACGAACGCAUUCCGGAACGUGUCGUCCAUGCCCGUGGUGCUGGUGCCUUCGGUACAACAAGAUACACUCAUGCUGGCAUCCUCACCGAAACCUCUGCUAUCACGUUGAUGCAUACUGACCAUAUCCGGGUUGGGAACAACAUACCGGUUGUUUUCAUCCAAGAUGCUAUUGAAUUCCCAGACGUCAUCCAUGCCGGCAAGCCAGAACCUCACAAUGAAGUUUCGUAA